CCCUCGCGAUAGACUUGUGCAUGUUGGUCACGCCCCUUCUGCAUUUUGGGAGAAGAUGGCGUCGCAAAUACAUAGAGGGGUUCCUCUAAGUGCGCUCUGUCCCAAGUUUCUCCACACAAACUCCACCAGCCACACCUGGCCCUUCAGCGCCAUUGCUGAACUAAUAGAUAAUGCCUAUGAUCCAGAUGUCAAUGCGAAACAGUUCUGGAUUGAUAAGACACUGUUUAAAGGCCAAGACUGCCUUAUCUUCAUGGACAAUGGAAAUGGGCUGGACUACGAGAAGAUGCACAAGAUGCUGAGCUUCGGUUACAGCGAGAAGACGGUCAUAAAUGGGCAGCACCCAAUAGGUCUCUAUGGCAACGGCUUCAAAUCGGGGUCCAUGCGGCUGGGACAAGAUGCCAUUGUGUUCUCCAAAUCACAAGAUGGAGACAACCUGCAUGUGGGCAUGCUCUCCCAAAACUACCUGGCACAGAUCGAAGCGGAGCAGAUCAUCGUGCCCAUUGUGUCCUUCCAACGCGUCGCACACGGCCAGUUCCGUGCGAAUGAGAAUCAUAAGGCCAGUCUGCAGGACAUCCUGCAAUACUCCCUUUUCAACACGGAGAGUGAGCUGCUUGAAGAACUCAAAGCCAUCAACUCAACCUGCUCCACAGGCUCUUCAGGAACGCGCAUCAUCAUCUGGAACCUGCGCAGGACAUUAACGGAUCAGACAGAGUUCGAUUUCAAAACAUCCAACUAUGAUAUCAGAAUCCCAUUGGAUGUGUUGGAGAGCUCAACUGAACCAUACAAAAGGCCAGAGCUGCCCACAAAACCAGAAAGUUGCUACUCUCUACGCGCAUAUUGCAGUAUUCUGUACCUAAAGCCCCGGAUGCAGAUCGUCAUUCGAGGGCAGAAAGUGAAGACUGAGCUCAUCUCCAAGAGCCUGGCCUUUAUUGCUAAGGACCAAUACAAGCCCAACUUUGUUAACACACGAAUCCAGAUUACCUUUGGAUACAACACCAAGAGCAAGGACCAAUACGGCAUCAUGAUGUACCACAAGAAUCGCCUUAUUAAAGCCUACGAGCGAGUGGGCGUUCAGCUGAAGGCGAACAAUCAAGGUGUUGGGGUCAUUGGGGUAAUUGAGUGUAACUUCCUGGAGCCCACUCACAACAAACAGGACUUUGAUAACACUGACAAAUACAGGAAAACCAUCCACAACUUGGGUCUAAAGCUGGAAGAGUACUGGAAAGAGAUCCGUUUUAAAAGAGACAAAGAAGACCCUAACAGCAUACCAGUGGAAGACACCAUGAAGCGUCCAGAUCAGAACUGGGUGCAGUGUGACUACUGCCUGCGCUGGAGGAAGCUCCCGGAUGGGAUUGAUUGCAGCCUCCUCCCUGAGAAGUGGUUCUGUCACAUGAACCCAGACCCGCAGUUCAGGAGCUGCACCGUAGAGGAAGAACCUGAAGACUCAGAUGAUGAUCAGCCAUACCAGAAAACCUACAAGCAACAUGAGAGGUACACAAAACUGCAGCAGGAGAAAAUACGACAACAAUAUGAAGAUGACCAGAAGACGGCAGAAAAGAAACGCAUCGCAGCGCUGGCUCAACAGAACGAAGCUCUGAGACGUCAGCUCAAAAAGACUGAAUCGUUCAGGGCGGGCGCACCGACGUCUCCGUCUCCUGCCAGCCCCCCGGUCAGAGUUAAUGUAAAGACGCCGCUGAGCUCCAGAACCGCCACGGCAUCACCGCUCAGCGGAAGACCCAGAUCCACCCCCCUCAGGACCUCUGGUCUCACCCAAGCAGGGAGCAGUCCUUCCUCCAAUAACAUGCCCAUCAUUUCAAGUGUCUGUUCCCUGUCAACCCCUCCAGCUCCUUCAACAUCAACGGCCAUGUCGACUCCUUCAAGAAUGAAGAGAACAGUGGAAACCACUGCUGAGCGUGAGACCAAAAGACAAAGGGUUAAUGGUUUCCACCAAAACACCUCCAUGACGACCACAACGCCAGCCGUGAUCAUCCCUGUUGAUGAUGAUGACGAUGACAUCACGGAUGACGAUGACAUUGUGAUCUUGGAGACUAGCAGCACCCCGAUUCCAAAGAAGGCCACGUUUGACCUGACCAAGGUCAAAUCAGAGAGCAAGGCUGUGAAGACCCUGACAGGCACUGGCCCCGUCAAGACCAAUGGCAUAGAAACAAGCUCUAUGAAGACGGGAACCACAGCAACCAACGCCUCCCCUCCAAUACCACCCUCAGAGCAGGUGAGCAUCACCACCCAGACAGAGACCCGGAACAAAGUGAAGGACGAAGAGGAGGAGGAACAUUUAACGAGCAUCACCACCCAGACAGAGACCCGGAACGAAGUGAAGGAUGAAGAGGAGGAAGAACAUAUAAUGAGCAUCACCACCGAGACAGAGACCUGGAACGAAGUGAAGGAUGAAGAGGAGGAGGAACUAAAAAAGGCGAUUGAAAGAGGGAGGAAGGGAACCAAACCAGACAACCCGUCUGCUGGCACUUCUUCUGCUGGCCCAUCCACACCUGGCCCACUCACUCCAGGCCUGUCCACUGCUGGCCCAUCCACUGCAGGUCUGUCUGACCGUCCUAAUAUUGAAUUCCAUAAAGUGUCAGACCCCCAAGAGCAGCAGGACAAUCUGAUUGAGCUCCUGCAGGCUACAGCCUAUGAGAGGGACCAGUCAGAGGAGCAGGUCCACAAGCUGACCUGUCAGGUACAUGAAUUGAAGGUCAGAGUGCAGGAGCUCUCCCAGGCUGCUGUGAAGCAAGAGCUCUGUCACAAGGCCUGUCAGACAGGAGAGAGGGUUGGAGGAGAGCAGUUGGAGGAUUGUAAGGUACCGGCUAAGGAGAGGGAUGGAUCAACCUCUGGUCCCAGUGUGAGAUUCCUGAGUUAGAUGUGGGGACAUUGAGGAGGGAGAAGCAGGAGAGACUGAGGGAGCUUCAGAGGAGCAUUGGUCGUCCUUAUCACGUUUGUUCUGGCACUUGUUCUUGUUCGAACACGUCAACUAAAACAGUUCGCACAUCGAUGAGAUCCUUAAUAAUAUACUUCCUCAUGUGCAGUCCAUGGGGCAGGCCUAAAGGCCUGGGGGACGGGAAAUGGAUUAUAUAAUCUAUCAUCUAAGUCUGUGAAGAGUGGCAGAUCUGGGGACAGACACAAAGGCAUCUGACCUCUUUUACCUCAACUUUAUUGUAUUUUUUUUUACCUUCAACUUUUUAUUUAUUCAUGUUUCAUACAAAUGAGUAAAUUAAGUACUAUUCCUAUACAUUAUGCUUUUUAAAUGUUUCUUAAUGUUGCUGUGGGGUUGUUGCAUUAACCUUUUGUUCUGAACAGAUUUACUAUACCAAUAUGUGUAGAUGUAUCUGGCCACUGUGAACCUUCAUACAAAGAUUUUAGGAACAGGAAUGUAAUUGGCACAUUGCACAUUAUCAAAGUGAAUUAAUUAAAAGAAAUGGCUCUGAGCUGAACUGAAAGUCAAAGCUCAUAAUUUAAUAAGAAAGAACCCAUUGGGUCUGCAUAAUCACACAUACAAAAACCCAGACAAUGACAAACACAGCCAAGGAUGUUAAAGGUGUUUUAUCAUUCUACAAGUCAAUACAUCCCCAAUUGUUAGAACAGAGACAUCAAAGUACAGACCAGAAUCUCUCUGAUACAAGACUGGCACUCUGUUCUCUAUCUUUAGUUCUCUUUCUCCCAAACAACUGAUACCCGGUGGCCACUAUAGUUUUACUGUUAAUUUAUUUGUCUGUCUGCUGCCGUGGUAUAUUGCCAAUAUUCCAUGGUUAAGUGCUUUAUCCAGGCACUACCUUUCGUGCACAUGUAUUGUUGCAAAAACUCACUAUUUUACUAUAAUCCUGUCUAAUAAACCAUAAAUGCACAAA